AUGGACGCGCGUGCGUCUCGUUCACCUGCUCCCCGCUGGCCGUUCUUUCGUCGCCUGCGCGCGCUGCUGCUCGUCGUUGCGCGCCUCUCCUUUCACCUCCCCGUCGCCACCAUCAACGCGAUCCGCGACCGCAACUAUCGUCCCCGCACAGCCAUCCAGGCGGCUUCCCCCGCCGCCGCGGGCAUGCGCGAUGCGGAGGGACGCAAGACGGUGAACGAGUACGUGAGAGAGCGUGUGAUUGGCCGAGGCUCCUACGCUAAAGUGGUUCUGUACCGCCAUGCGCCAACAGGCCUCAUGUGCGCGCUCAAGGUGUGCUGCAAGUCCCGCCUUGCGAGGGUGCGGGUGGCGCCAGGCGAAACUGCCCUCAUGGACGUGCAGCGCGAGAUCCGUGUGCUGCAGCGGCUGCAGCACCCGCACGUGGUGCACCUCAGGGAAGUGAUUGACGACCCGUCCUCCGAUAAACUCUACCUUGUGUUUGAGUACCUGGAUGGCGGGCCUGUCGUCCCAGAGGACGAACCGCCGGUGGGGGGUGUGGGCGAGGAGAGGGCGCGGAGGGUGUUUCGGGACGUCAGUGCUGCUCUGCUCUACGUGCAUGGCCAGUCCCCCGAUGACCUGCAGCGCAGGAGUCCUGGCACCCCUGCCUUUACUGCGCCUGAGUGCUGCACUGGGGAGCCGUUCAAGGGCAUGGCAGCGGACACAUGGGCACUGGGGUGCACGCUCUAUGCCAUAGUGUGCGGCCGCCAUCCCUUCCUGGGGCCCUCACUCAUGGAUACCUAUGACAAGAUCCAAUCUGAGCCGUUGAUUCUCCCACCAGACAUGUCGCCCUCGUUGGCAGAUCUCCUCACCAGGCUUCUGCACAAAG